AAAUAUUUAUCCUAGCUACAAAAUUAUUAUGCGACAAUAUAUGCAAAAUGAAUGGUUUCCAAAUUAUUACUAGAUAUGUAAUUGUUUAAAUUUUUCUGCACCGGCCAUACAGUUCAAGCAACUCUGUUUGCAAGCUGCCCAAGCCUCGGCAACUCCAAAUGUCGGCGAUGCUGAUGCUUCAAUUUAUUGUUGUAGUUCAUGAAAAUUUGCGUGCUUUAAAAAGACAAGAAUAUGGAUCAGUUGGUGCUUCAACUGGUUUAUUAUGUGUGGAAAUGGGCAGACUGUAUCAGCGUAAACCAAAAUAUGAAGACCUCAACGUUUGUUUCACUCGAAGUGUGCGGGGAAACAACUUGCUAACAAUCAACGGCAAACCGUAUACAUUAAAUCGACGCAUAAAAGAUGUUUGCUACUGGGAAUGUGUAAAACUACGUUGCAAGUACACAAAAUGCACAGCUCGCGUUAUCACAAAAUGCGAUCAAAUUGCAUCAUUGCGUGGCGAUCAUAACCACUUAUAAAUAAAUGUUUUAUAUGUGCAUGGUUUUAAAUAAAAGCAAUAGAUUAGGAAUAAGCCGUAAUUGUGAUAAUAAUGU